AGUAAAUUUUAUUGCAUGCUAUAACUUAACAAAAACACGCUCAGGGUAAACUUCAUUCUGAGUGUGAGUUAGAUAGUUCUUCCCAAGCAGAAUUUACAUGUUGUGUCAAUACAUUUGGUGCAACUUAAUUAUUACCCUUUAUUUUGCGCUCGUUUGUAAAAUGAUUUACCGCCGUAUCCUCGUACUCGCAUUACGCGGAGUGUGUGGGUUUGUGCUUUUCCUGAUUCGCUGCUUCUCAAUCUUCUCUCCCGGUUGCCGUAAACCUGAUCCACCGAUUGACCCAUUGCUUUUAACUUCGGCAACUGAAUUGGCACGGCGAAUUCGGCACGGACAGCUCCGUAGCACUGUCUUGGUUCAGUCAUUUAUCUUCAGAAUCCAGCAGGUGAAUCCAGUUCUCAAUGCAAUGGUCUGUGACAGGUUUGCUGAAGCCCUUAAUGAGGCUCGGAUUGUUGAUGACCUGGUAUCCUCAGGCACAAUGGAUAAUGAAACUCUCAGAGACAAAUACCCACUACUUGGUAUUCCAUUUACUGUUAAGGAAGCUUUUGCUUUGAAAGGUAUGCCACAGAGUUCUGGACUUCUGUCAAGACGUUUGGUUCGCUCUCAAACAGAUGCAGCUGUUGUGUCACGACUGAAGAGAGCUGGAGCAAUCCCCCUGGGUGUCACGAACUGUAGUGAGCUCUGCAUGUGGUAUGAGUCCAGCAACAAAGUUUAUGGCAGGACCAGGAACCCAUAUAACCCACAGCAUAUAGUGGGUGGUAGCUCUGGAGGAGAAGGUUGCAUACUAGCAGCGAGUGGAUCUGUGAUUGGUGUGGGCUCUGAUAUUGGAGGGAGCAUAAGGAUGCCAGCUUUCUUCAACGGGAUAUAUGGUCAUAAGCCAACAACAGGUGUUGUCCCUAAUGAAGGACAGUUUCCCAAUGCUUAUGGCUGCCGUUCAGAGUUCCUGUGCACUGGGCCCAUGUGUAGAUACGCCAUUGACUUAAAACCUGUUCUUAAAGUGAUGGCUGGAAAGAACGUUGUAAGGCUUUCUCUAGAGAAGAAGGUUUCCUUAAGUAAUCUUCGAUACUUUUCUAUGGAAAAUGAUGGGGGUGGUCUCUUUGUGUCGCGGAUGGAUAAAGAGCUGAUUCUAGCACAGAGAAAAUUGGUUACGUUCUUGGAGAGGGACCUUGGAAUCAAUGUCCAACCAGUCACCAUUCAAAAUAUGCACUGUUCUUUUCAGAUCUGGUCAGCCAUGAUGUCAUCAGACACAAAGAAGGGGCAGAGCUUUGCUGACUUGCUGAGUGGUGGAAAUCGCUUUUGGCCUAGUUGGGAACUUUUGAAAUGGAUAUUUGGUGUCUCAAAGCAUACACUGCCAGCAAUUGGUCUUGCUCUCACCGAAAAACUUGCAAAUACUAGCCAUAAUGGGAAAGAACGGAUGGAGCGGAUAGCAAAACUCCUAAAAGAAGAAAUCAAAUCAUUAUUAGGAGAUAAUGGAAUUUUAAUUUAUCCUUCACAUCCCAAAGUUGCACCUCGACACAAUGAACCACUUGCUAUGCCAUUCAAUUUUGCAUAUACAGGAAUAUUUAAUGUUUUGGGGUUUCCUGUGACUCAGUGCCCACUGGGACUUAGUCAGACUGGACUGCCACUGGGUAUACAGCUAAUUGCCUCCCACUACAAUGAUCACUUAACCUUGGCCCUUGCUCAGUACCUGGAAACAACUUUGGGAGGCUGGAUACCACCGGGGUCUGAGAAACACCUUUGAUUAAAGAUACAAGAGCUACACCAGAGAAUAUGUCUUAAUUGGCGUUUGAGAUAAGGAAUACUGCUGUUUAAUGAUUUUUAUGUUUUUUUGUCUGAAAUGAGAACAAAUAAAAUAUAUUUAGAAAAACACA